ACAUGUCAUGGAACUAAGGAGGUGCACAAGCUACCCCAACUACUAUUGCUUCUCUCAUUUGAUCCAAGAGCAAAGAUGAACAGCUCCUUGGCUACCCUCGCCGUCUUCCUGGUUGCUGCUAUGUUCCUAUCCCAAGCUCAGGCUCAGUUUGAUGCCAAGCUCUGUUGUUUUGACUACGUAAAGAAGCCUAUUCCACAAAGGAACGUGAGGUCCUUUGAACGCACAAGUGCCAGGUGUUCCAUGGAAGCUGUCGUAUUUAUCACAAAUAGGAAUCGGCAGAUGUGUGCAGAUCCCAAUGCACAAUGGGUCCAGGAUCGUGUAAAAUAUUUGUCCCAAAACUGACAACGUCCCACCUCCUUCAUAUUACCUGGAGAAGCUCCAAGAAGUCAAAGCUUUUAAAAUGCUUCGGAUGUGGAAAAAAAGAACAUGCGUGACUCUUAUUCUGACCUUGCACACUCCUAACUUAAACUUCAUUGAUGGAAGAUGAAAUAAUAUAUAUGUAAUAAUGUUCAUGUAAUGUGUUUAAAUUAUGGGCAAAUAUGUAUUUUAUAUUGUUAUUUUUUAAAAGAAGAAGUUCAUUUAUCUAAAGGUUCUGAAAAAUAUUUGACGGAAACAUAAUGUAUGAAUAAAUCUCAGGGUUACGAAAUCCAUACAUGCCUCUGCUUGUCUAUAUCUGACAUCUUUUCCGAGAUCUCCUUCAGGUUACACAACAAUUCUUAGUUCAUUGAAAGAUUGAUUAGGACUGUCUGGGUUCUGGCUCUUCUCCUUCCCUGAGAGUGGGGAUCCAUCUGCUCCUGCACCAUCAUUCAUAACAUCCC